UGAAAGUGACAUUCAGCUAGAUAGAGUGCUCCGAGAUUGCUUUUCUUUUUGCGGGUGUUCUGGGUGUUCUGGGUGUUCUGCACAUCUUGGUGGUGAACACAAGAGAAAGAGAUCUCAAAUCUUGAGACAUCAAGAGCCCAAAGGCCCGAUGGUGACGAAAACGUUGAGGAUUUCGGGCUCGUGGCUGGGCUGCGAUCGAACACGUCGAUGCCUGGUUGCCGGGCUAAGCCGCAUUGGGCGACUAUGUCACGGGAUUCCGUGUACUAGCGUGUCGCUGCAACCGGCACAAUCUGGGCACAAUGCAAGCCUGUUGGCUGCAGAAGUGCAAAUUGUGUGGGCGGUCGCCACGCCCGCAGCAGGCAGGGCGGGCUCUCAUCAUGGAGAGGGGGUUUUCUCCCACCCCCCGUGCCCUGCCCGGCCGCGUUUCUUAAACCCAGCCCUUUCCCGUCCUGCCCAGCUCUUGGUGGACAAAGAAGACACACUGCUGCUGUCGCAUCACGAUAACAACAACACACGACAGUUUGCCAUUUUCUGCCACCUCAUCGCCUGAUCGCUUUCCUUGGAUUCGGUACAUUUUGUGGGUGUAGGUGUGUUUUCCUGUGGGGCCCCGUUACGAAAAUCGCGUCAACAGGGCUGCCAGAGAAUCCACCCACCGCCACCCCUGGUAAGCCUCAAGGCGACCACAAACACCGAUCCGCUCCAUGCUCGCAAUUGACUCUCUCUUCAGCGGCAGCUUUCUGGGUCAGCUGCGCAACAUUGCUCUCAUGACGACAACUUCACGCGACGCGGGCUCCUCGCCCCGUCGCAUCACCGAACCCACCCCGUCUCAACUCAACAGUCGCUCAGUGUCCCCUCCGGCCCCGGAACCAAUACCAAGGUCCCAGCCGAAGCCGGCAAGUCCCAAGGCCCGUUCAUCACGCCGUGGUCCGCGGCCCGGCACCCGCAUCAUACGUCCCGAUCCAGGCUCUCUGUACGACAUCAUGCACGACAAUGCAGGCACUUCCCUCUACGCCAUGCCCAUGUGCUGGACUGACCGGCACUCGGAACUCCUUGGCGUCCAGUUCGACAGGCACCCCACCAUUGAGAAGCCUGUCCCAGAGAACCUCGACGGCAGAUGGCUUGAGCCCUCCCACAUGGCGCGCGUCUUGACGACAGAGCUGCAGGUGCUCGUCCAGGCCGACCCGUCGCCUACCAAGCUCUUUUGCAAGAAUCGCGCCAUCAAGCAUGUCAUGUCGACCCUCUUCCCUCACACCUUGUCCAAGGCAAAGACAUCGGCCGAACUCGACCUCUUCUUCGGCAUGAAGGCCUUCCGAAAAGCGGUUCGUUUGCCCUGUGUCUGGAAGAGCGCUGCCAGCCGGGAUGCCUCGUUCGACUCCAUGGCUACACUGGAUCCACACACACUCGUGAGAUCCGACUCCGAGUAUGCGCCAAACCUCCCUAUUCUGGCUUAUGUCAACCGGUCGCAACUUGCCGCCAUUCGCAAGAACCUCUUCCGCAUUGCUUCUGGCCCCAACGGCAUAUUCAACGAGCCUGUUGCACGGCUGCAGGCCUUGCGCUCCAAGCUCUUGAUCCCCGCCAACAUCGACCAUGACCCCUACAUCGUUGCCACCCUUCUCGCUAUGGCGCAAGCACACUUUUACCGCAUACCCGCCUACAGUGGUAGGAUGACGCCGAGCAGCUCGGCGCAUGAUAGCCAGAGGGGUGUUCGAUUGCGCAUGCCGCAGUUCCGUGACAUCAAGGUCCAGCUCAUCACCCACGACGAGGGACAAGAAAACGACCCCCACUUCAUUGUCUAUACGGCCGUCAUCACCGCAACAUUCUUGGAGAGGUUCAUGACCCCUCACAAGACCCCUUUGGUCGACAGUGAAGACGGGCUCGGUAUGAAGAUCACCUACACGCCAGUCAAGGUGUGGCCUAUUCUCGGCCUCAAGGAACGUCUUGCCAAGGCCCUCGGGUCAGAGAUCUCAGGGGUUUCACCGUUUGACAACCCGGAGUUCAUCGACCUUCACGGCCCCCUCGUCGAGCCUGCGCCCGAGCAACUGCCUGUUUUUGCUCACAUCAUCAGCCAGCGCAAGCUCAAGCGGCGUCGUGAUAAGGAAAGGCAACCCCUUGAGGAAAUGUUGAACAGUAGUUUUGAGGAGGAGCCUCCCAGCUCGGACGACCGACCUCUGCUCAGUCCAAGUGCUAAGAGGAGACGGACGGCGAGGUCGGUUGGGACCUUGGAGGUUUGCUAGGAUUGAUCUUCCUAGCUUUUUGCUUUUGCUCUGCCUGAUUUUCGCCGCAUCAUCACAACACACUCGAACAUCACAGGAAAGGGAUGACGGAGCUGAAAUGAAACGAAAAGGGAAUGAGUCGACUGUAAAUAGCAAGGGGGUGUUUUUUUUUUCGAUUUUUGAUGUAUUGUACAUGUGCCCACGGAUACCCCGCUUUGCUUUCUUAUAGCAAUGGUUGGAAGCCUGGACAAGGGCAUAAACGCGCCUGAUACGCAGUGGAUGAUGAAGCAUGAUGGUAGGCAGGCGUUGACUGGAUUUGGGAUUACGGAGGCUUAUUAGAUAUCUCUUGCACUUCUUAUGUACAAGCUGUCGGCCAUGGAUGGGCCAGCAAUGGUUUUGUCACAGCCUUGAUGACAGCUUUUCUCUUUGGACAUGACAUCGGCGUUUUCUCUCAUGAUUGUUUUCUCCUGCCGCAUUAUCAUGAAGGAAUUGGAAAGGAAAAGUGUCCCCACCGUGGAAUGCCGUCUGGCAAGGGUGGCUAAGACCAAGGGUUCAUUCGUCUGAAGCUGUCACGGCUGCGGCCCGUUGCAGAUCCCUGCGAGCCUCAUGGGAUCCUGCAGCGGCAAUGACAUCAAUCUCGGCGGAAGAAGCAACGGUGGAGCAUGGACCAUCUCUUGUUGUUCUGCAGAGGAAGUUGACGAUGCCUAUUAGUAUAUAGUACCUGCUAUAGCAUAGCAAGCCAUCAGAGCCAAAUGUGAACUUGAAAAAGCAAAUCGAGUUGCCAAGAUUUUCAACACCACUCGCUGGGGCUGACAGGCCGAUUCUGAAGGCCCGGCGAAUAGCAAGAUCAUAAGAUGAUACUUGAACCAAGACAGACAUGAAAGAGCCAAGGACAACAUAUUUUGAAGAGCUGAACUGGGCACCUAUUCUUGACAGGUCAUUAUUACUCUUUUAAUGUCCGCUCGAAGGGCGAAGACGUCCAG